AAAAUUAGGCGCGCGCGACCUUGGGACUUGAGAGAGGUUUUGGCGGGUCAAAAAAAUUCAAAAAGAAAGUGACUCUUCCUCUUCUAUCUUUUUUGCCUUCAAAUUUUCGAUUUCGCAUUGAAAGACUGUGCCUCUUCUUCUUCUUCUUCUCCUUCCUUAACUCUCUCGCUCUCUCUCGUAUCGGGAAUCAUAGGAGCAAAAAUGGAGGAUCCGAGCCACCUGGAGAGGAUGGGCAGAGAACUCAAUUGCCCCAUUUGCCUGAGUCUACUGAACUCUGCGGUUUCACUUACGUGCAAUCAUGUAUUCUGCAACUCUUGUAUUGUGAAAUCGAUGAAAUCCGGCUCCACUUGUCCAGUUUGUAAAGUGCCAUUUCGGCGUAGAGAGGUUCGCCCCGCUCCUCACAUGGAUAACUUGGUGAGCGUUUACAAAAGCAUGGAAGUUGCUUCAGGAAUCAAUAUAUUUGUCACUCAGAAUGCUCCCUCAACUAAAUUUUCAGAUAAAGAAAAGCAAGCUGAAGGUGAAGGCAACCAUGGUGAACAAGAUAGCAGCGGAAACUGUCAGGAUAGAGCAGAGAAACAAAAUACCUUGAAAGGAAAAGGGUCAAGAAAAACAUCUAAAUUGAACAUGAAAAGUUCUAGUUCUACGUUUGUGAAACCUUCAUUUCCAACCAAGAAAAGGGUUCAGGUGCCACAGUGUCCUUUUUCAGAAAGCCCAACAGGGCUUGCAAUAUUAGAAGGUGAAUUGAGUGAAAUUGCUAGGGAAGAACCCAAAAGAAGUUCAACCAUUUUAAAGGAUAAGCCUGUUCUAAAGGACAAGGGAGAACCUGUGCUUUCACCUUUCUUUUGGUUGAGAGAGGAGGAAGAUGUAGAAAAGUCAAGUCAGCAUACUGAUGAGGGUGAAUUUAUGGAUAUGACACCACUAAAUGCUCCUGCCUUCAGUGAUAUCAAGGACUCAGAUGAUGAAUACCCUUCUAAUUCGACCCCAACUGGAUUACAUGGCAAGUGCUCCAGUGUUGCAGAUUUUUUUGAUAGUGAGAUGUUUGAAUGGACACAAAGACCAUGCUCUCCCGAACUUUGUUCAAGUCCCUUUAAGAUGCAGGUUGCAAAUGUUGAAGAAAUCAAUGAAAUUCAAGAGAACGAAUUAGAAGCAGCUUUACAGGAUGUGACAACAAAUGAAGAACCAAGCACCAAAAAUGAGAAAUACAAGAAUUCUAAACAAGGAAGUGGUACUGCAGAUGUGGUCCUGCCCAAUCUGUCCUCUCCCAGAACUGAAGAUUCCAAUGACCAAAUUGGAAGUAAUAAAUCUAACAAGAGUGGUAAGAUUAGGAAGGCAAGUGAAAGAGCUAAAAAGAAGUGCCCUAAAAGGCAUACAGAUUCAGAUUUUGAAAUUUAUGUUGAUUUGAAUAAAGCAUCAGAAAAUUUUAUCCAAGAGCAAACUCUCGACAAUAAUUACAGCUUGGAUAAUACCAGCAAACGGAGUAAGAGGUCUCGUAAUGGUACAAGUGCAACGAAGCCAACACCUAAAAAUAUUCAUGCUGUCUCUGUGGGAACAGAAACUUUGAAUCAUGGCGGCGGAAGUGCGGUAAUUGAGACACCUCUUUCAUUAGGUAAGAAAGAAGUCAACAAUGAAGUUUUUUCCUUGAAGAAGGCUGGAAAAAGGUAUAAGAAGAUUGAUUCCUCAGUAAGGUCAGAGAAACGAAAACUGGAUUCUCUGAAGGACAACGUGCUUAAAGAAUCAGUUAAAACUCAAAAUCAAAAAGAUUUGGAUACUAAUCCUGAAUUGGCACCUUUAUCUAUUGCUAUGGCUGAUUAUAAGAAAGCCUCUGAUUUCGGGCAGAAACCAAGCAAACCUGGAAAAGAAACCAAGUCGCGUGGUCAAGAGCUGAGAAGUAGGAAAAAGUUGAGAGUUUCCUCUGAUGCCAUCUUGAACGAUGAGUUGGUCAACAACAUCCAAGAGGGUCAUACUUGUGAUCCUGCAAGGGAAACCCAACUCAUUGAAAAGGUUCAGGGAAAAUCUGUUGUUAAAGUUCAGGAUGAUUCAUCAGUUGUACAGAAGCUUCCUUCUCUGAUGAAUAACGUUGUCUUACAGAAAUGUGGGACUAUUUCUAACAAGUUUCAAUGCGCUUUCUGUCUUUCUUCAGAAGAAUCAGAGGCAUCAGGAGAAAUGGUCCAUUACUAUAAUGGAAGGCCUGUUGUUGCAGAUCAUGAUGGAGGAUCCAAGGUCAUACAUUCGCAUAGGAAUUGCACUGAAUGGGCCCCUAAUGUCUAUUUCCAAGAUGAUAAUGCAAUUAGUCUCGAAGCUGAAUUAACAAGAAGUCGAAGAAUUAAGUGUUGUUGCUGUGGAAAUAAAGGGGCAGCACUUGGGUGCUAUGCGAAGAGUUGUCGCAAGAGUUUUCACGUUACUUGUGCAAAGUUGAUCCCUCAAUGUCGAUGGGAUACUGAUAAUUUUGUCAUGUUAUGCCCUCUUCAUGCCUCUUCUAAGUUGCCUAGUGAAAGCCCUCAAGAAAGGAGGAAGAAAUGUGCUCUUAAAGGGAAAUCAUCUCAAUGUGAUGAUGUUGCUAGUGAAAAGGACAUCAGUACUGGUAGAAAUUGGAAGUUUUGUGCAUCCUCAAAGAAAUUGGUUCUUUGUUGUUCAGCUCUCACAACUGCAGAGAGGGAAACUGUUUCUGAUUUUGAGAGAUUAUCUGGAGUUACAAUUCUGAAAAAGUGGGAUUUGAGUAUCACCCAUGUUAUUGCAUCAACAAAUGAAAAUGGGGCAUGUAGAAGAACCCUCAAAAUAUUGAUGGGUAUCUUGGAGGGAAAGUGGAUACUGAAUAUGGAGUGGGUUAAGGCUUGCAUUAAGGUCAUGGAACUUGUUGAUGAGGAGCCUUAUGAAAUUACUGUCGACAUUCAUGGGAUCAGGGAUGGGCCUCGACUUGGAAGGCUAAGAUUGUUGAACAAGCAGCCAAAGCUUUUUGAUGGGCGUAAGUUCUAUUUCAUGGGAGAUUUUUUACCCGCAUACAAGGGGUACCUACAAGACCUUGUAAUUGCUGCUGGAGGGACAAUUCUGCAUAGAAAACCUAUUUCAGAGGACCAAAAAACCUUGUUUUCUGGUUCCUCAACAGGCCAAACCUUCAUAAUUUACAGUAUUGAGCUUCCUGAUAAAUGUGAUCCUAGCAAGAAAACUACAAUUUUCAACCGCCGCCGGUUGGAUGCAGAGGCCCUGGCAACAUCAACUGGAGCCAAAGUAGCAAGCAAUUCGUGGGUUUUGAACUCCAUAGCAGCCUGCAAUUUACAAAAUCUUGCCAAAUAAUAUAUCUUUUCCAAUCCCAGGAUCGGAGCUUUGUACAUGUUUAGGAAUCUUCUUCUGAACUAGCUAUAAGUUUUUAUUUAUUUAUUUUUCCUUUAGUAUGAUGUAGACAUGUAUAAACAUCAUGCUCAUGUGACUGCAUGAAUAAAGGAAAUAUAAUUUGGUGAUACAAUCUUUUUACUUUGCUGUGUAAAGUAGGAUAUAUAGGUGGGUGAAAAUGUCAAAUGUGUGGGAGUCAGUUUUAAUUGUUCCAUUAUAAGAAGAUUAUUGCUGGG